GUAUUGCACCUUAGGUUGGCUUACAAACCGCCAAUAAACACCAUAAGAAGAAGAAGAAAUGACGUUUCGUUUAGCUCCACACGGAAACGACAGCUUUGACAACAAAAUAGAGUGAUCUUUGUCUAAAAUUUGUACUUGUUUACUUUGUCUAUCGAUAACUAUUUUUCAAAGUCCGAAAUACUAUGCACGCGUUGAUAUAAAGGCUUUGGAGCUGCCUCGUUUAGAUAACCGGCAAAGCUAACACUGAAAGGUGUUUUUCACCUGGCUGGUCGUGUGAAGUAGCUCGUUAACGUUGUCAGUUCCAGGUAAAUGGCCUGCACUUUAGAAAAAGUGUUGGCCGAUGCUCGGACCCUUCUCGAGAGGCUGAAAGAGCACGACACGGCCGCCGAGGGGCUGAUAGAGCAGUCCGGGGCCCUCAAUCAGAGCGUGCAGAGCAUGAGAGAGGUGGGAAAUGCCUUUCCUGACAAGCACACAGAAGACACUUCAGAGAUUCAGGAGUUGACCAAAUACAAGCCUCAUGUCCUUCUGACUCAGGAAAACACUCAAAUUAAGGAGCUACAGCAGGAGAACAAAGAGCUAUGGUUGUCUCUUGAAGAACACCAGUAUGCACUAGAGUUGAUCAUGGGUCGAUAUCGCAAGCAGAUGCUUCAACUGAUGAUGGCAAAUGAGGAGCUGGACACCAAACCUGUGCUCAGCCUCCAUGAAGACCAUGCUAAAGAAGUGCAGAGCCAGUUGAAGAGAAUAUGCGAGAUGGGCCAGGUGAUGAGAAGAGCAGUGCAGGUAGAUGAUCAGCAUUACUGCACUGUACGAGAGAGGCUGGCUCAGCUAGAGAUUGAGAACAAGGAGCUGCGAGACCUCCUGGCCAUCAGCAAGGGCACUGUGAAGACAGUGAGAGAAGAAAUCAAGCAGCCAGUAACAGCAGCACAAGAAUAAUCCCCUCAACCAAGGUCCAAAUGAGUUCUCAGACUUGCUUCAGUGUGAACUGUGAUCGGAGAAGCAAGUCAAAAACAAGGAUCAGGAGAUGGGGUCGAUGAGCUCUUCACCUGUGUUCACCAUGUUAUUUUUUUAUAUAAGAUGGAAUGCAGUCAACAUAUGUUUUGUAGCAAAGGCCACUUAAACAAAACAUCAUGGCUGCCAGAUGUAUUUAUGUAUCUGUGGGUAAAUUUAGACGGUAGCUGUUUUGAGCUUUCAUAUUUACAGUAUUAUCACUGCAGUUGUGUUGUAGAGAAUUACACGUACACCAUGACUUUUAAUGAAGUGUCUAGGCAAACAAUGAUAAGAAUUCAGUGGGAGCUAAGGCACGCACGUGUACUGGUAUAAAAGCAGUAUAAGCCAAGGGGAUUUAUUUUGUUUCUGCCCAAAGAUACAGUGGCUUUUCAAGGACACCAUUUCUACCUCUUUGGUGCCCCUUUGAUGAAUACGCACCAUCGCAAUGUGGCAAAUGCUCAUAACCACCUCUGCUAUGUGUACACUUGAAGUCCAUUAAGAAACCAACCAUGUUAAGAAGCUGUGCUUGUCAAUCACUCUGCCAGCGUGAUGAGUUUUGGCUGUUUCACACAGUUUUUCUGCUGAGGAGUGACAGUGGAUCAGUUCUAUGCGACUGUCUUAUUAUUUUAUGAAUUGUAUACAUUUGCCAGUCUGUUUGUAGAGUUCAUAUAUGACAUGAUUUCCUUGUUUAGUACUUUGAUUCUGCGUGUUUAACACCAGUUUUCUAAACAGAUUAAUCAGGUGUCCCAGCUGUUGACACAUCUUUGUUUAAUGGUAACACUUUCAAAAUAUGCCAAAUCUUUGUGUAAUAGAUAUAAAGUCCGUAUUGUAUGUUCUCAUACAUUGUAUUUUGUCAUCUCAGGAAAUCAGUGUUAAUAAACAUGCUAUAAUGACUGCAA